AUGAGAGGAGGUUCGCGAAUGGUGUCUGUUUCGUGUCCGAUAGAAGAUCCUUCAUUCCCGAACGAAGACGACGAGGGAUUACAAGCCCCAGUUGCUCCACCGGCCGGACAAGUCGGGCCUCCGAGGAUCGUGGACCAUUCGUGGGGCGACGGAGCCGGGCCGACGAUGGGCGGUGUUUUCCGACAGGCCCCGGGAACUCAAAUAAGACUCCGUUGUGUGUCAGUCGGUGAACCGAAACCCGCCGUCAAGUGGUACAAGGAUGGAGUGGAAGUUUCUGAAUUGCUGCGAGAUUGGCGCAGCAAAUUGGAGACGCGUUGGUCGUUGGUUGUGGACAACUUGAAGCAAUCCGACGCCGGGGUUUACACAUGCCGAGCUGUGAACAAAGUUGGCGCAGUUUCUGUCGACUUUACACUCGAAGUUUAUGAUGAAAUGACUGGAAAGCCGCAGAUGGUUGACGAGCAUCCCAUGAACACGACUGUCGUGUCCGGUGAGACCGCGACACUGCAGUGUCGAGUCAAGUCAGACUCGCAGCCGGCCAUCAAGGGAAAUUCACCUGAGUGCGCUUUUCUGCGUCGCUUGGGGGACGCGUACGUGAUCGAUAAUUGGCUGAAGCGGCUGGAGACGCGAAGCGAGGAGAACAAGUACCUGAACGAUAGUUUGCCUCUGCGCGGGGAGCGGUUCCGAGUGCUGAACACGUCGAGCACGUCGAUGCUGGGGCCCGACACUUACCUGAACCGCCUCGUCGUGUCACACGCCCGACGUGACGAUGCCGGACUCUACGUUUGCCUGGCGUCCAACGUGCUCGGCUACAGUUUCCGCCAGGCCUUCGUCACUGUCGAGCCUUCUCCCCUCGGCUCCGUCACGGCUGAAGAGGAAACGCCGUCGGUGGGAGUGAAUUCGGCAGUGGGUGACCGACAGAUGACGUCUUACCUGAUCGGAGGGAUGGUGGUGUCGGUGUUGCUCGUAGUGUUCAUUGUGCUGGUUUCGACGUUUGUGGCACGUCGGAAGCGGUCACCCGGCGGCGGUGUCGUGUCGUCAAUCCGCAAUGGGCCGCCGGUACUCGGGCCUUGCGCUGUCGGUGUCGAUUCUGCAUUCGCUGACGUCGGCCACAAGAAGCCGCUGGAUGUGCAGCAGCAUCGUCAUGCCCAGCCCCCGCCGCCACCGUUUCUGCAUCACGUUUUGCAAGAUCGGCAGCCAGCUACCGCAGUUCUGGGUCUAAGGGAUGAUUAUUCCCAGCAAAGGGUGGGUCCUUUGCCGUCGCGGAACGGAGACGGGUUCCGGUACAAGUUGGUGCCGCAACAAGACCCACAGCUCAUGUAUGGGCGCGACUCUUCCUCCGACGUGUCCUCUACGCACCACUAUCAGAAACUGCCGCUCGGCUCGUCAGCCACGCCGACGGGCAACGGGGCGUCCCGAGGGACGCCGGAUUCGUCGGCAAACUGCCGUCACUGCGGACCGCCACCAGUGGCGCCGUAUCAUCAGCAACAGCAUCAGCAGCAGCAGCACCACCACCACCUCCAGCACCGAGGCUUCGCGCCCGACGGUGCACCGAGCGUCGAAUCGUGUCGCAGUUUCGUGCACUUUUCCGCCGGAAUGAGUCACGCGGUUUGAAAAGUUUGAGAGGAAAUGAGGUGCUUUUCGUGUGUGUGUUUGUGUGCGUGUGUGUGUUGAUGUGUGCGUGUGUUUUCUUUUUUUGACCAAGGAUGAUGAUGAUGAUGGCGACAUCUGGAGAGGAAGGAGGGGAACAAUCUCGCGGGGGCG